AUGCAACCUCAAAGCACUGAUACACAAAUCUAUGUCGGCGAUUUACACCCAGAAGUCACCGAGUCUGAGCUUUACACUCUCGCCUCCCUCUCUGGCAAGGUUGUAUACAUCCGAGUUCUCAGAAAUUUACAAACCAAAGCAGCUCUUGGAUUUGCCUUUAUUCAAUUUGCUGACAUCGCCAGCACUAUUCGUGCCCAAGAAGAAAUGAAUGGUACCAGCGUCAGAGGCAAACACAUCAGAGUAAUGAAGUAUUCCCGAGAGCGCGAUCCUGAAGCCAAUAUUUUUGUCAAGAAUUUCAAUGAGGAUGUCACAACCAAAACACUGGAGCAUCAUUUCAGAAAAUUCGGACCAAUACUUUCAAGCAAAAUUUGCUAUAAUAUUUAUAGUAAUUAAUUUGGCUGGGACUAAGAAUUUUAUAUAUAUAAAUUAGAUAGAGGAAAAGAAUUAUUUGAAAAAAAAAUAGAAAAAGAGGGUUUAAUAGGAAUAUGAUGAUAGCGGAAAAUCAAAAAGAUUUGGCUUCGUUCAGUUCGAAAAAAAAGAAGCUGCACAAGCUGCUAUACAAGCUGCAAAUGGUAGCGAUUGGAAUGGAGCUACUGUGCAGGUAGAAAAAUACGUCCCGAUAGGAAAAAGAACAUAUCUCAGCUCACAAAACUUGUAUGUCAGAGGGUUUGGGGCUGAAAUGACCAAUGAAAAAUUAAAAGAAAAAUUUUCGCAGUAUGGAGAAGUCACGUCUUCAGCUGUCAUUAAGUCACCUGACGCCAAUGGGUCUGAGAAGUACUAUGGCUUUGUAUGCUUCAAUAAUGCUGAAAAUGCUAAAAAGGCUGAAGCCCUGCAUGGAGUCCAAGAUGAAGGAUUUGCUUGGUAUGUAGUCCCACACAUGAAGAGAGGUGCAAGACUCGCUUGGCUAAGAAGCGAAUAUUUAAAGAAGCAAGAAGACUGGAAGAGGAGAAAUAUACUUUUUACUAAAAAUAACCCCAAGGCCUACCAUUUUUUUAAUAAAUCUCCUUUUUUCACUUUAUACACCCAAAACCUCAUAUAAUAAUCAGAAAUCUUCCUUUAUCAAUCGACGAAGAAAAGCUCAGAAAACUUUGCCAAGACUUCGGCACCAUCGAAUCCAUCAAAAUUCCAAAGGUAAAAAACAUCAAAUACCAAAAUGAAGCCCCAAUUGAAGAAACCACAAAUAAAGGAAUUGGGCUAGUGUGCUUCAAAACUCCAGCAGAAUCAGCAAAAGCUAUUCAAGUAUUGAGAACAAAAACAGUGGAAGAGAAAAAACUACUUGUAUUCCCUUGGAAACCAAGAGAAGAAAUUGCUAAAAUAGUGAACAUGAACAGGAUGAAGAAAAUUUAUUCGCAGAUGUGGGAGUUUGGAAUGAUGAACCCUAUGAUGAUGGGAAGAGGAGGACAUAUGAAACCAAUGGAUAGAGGACAAAUGCACCCAGCGGGCAGAGGAAGAGGACAGAGACCGGUUGUGCAGGGAAUCCCACAGCCGAAUUUGAUACCACCAGUGAUGGUGGCAAGCCAAAGACCAAUGCCAAUGGCACUGCCUAUCACUUUUAACUAUCAAGCUUAUGAAGCUGCACAGCCAGAUAUAAAGAAACGUAUGCUGGGAGAAGCUUUAUAUCCUCACUCCCCCUUCUUUAAAUGGAAUAACGUAUCGGAAAAAAUUUCCAUUUUUUGGAUACUUUAAAACUGGAGCAAUUUGUUUUAUAUAAAUUAAUAAUUUUUAUAAAAUUAGUUUUUUAACCAAAUUUAAUGGAAAAUGUACGAUUAGAGUAUUAUUUAAAUCGUUUUUUUAAAUUGAAUUAAUUAAUCUUAUGAAUUAAUCUUUAUAAAAAUUAUUACCCCUUUAAAUUGGAACAGGAUUAUUUAUUCCUAAUUUAAAGGGAGGGAAUUCAGGUACUUACAAAUUCCAAUCAAAAAGUGGCAGGGAAAAUAACAGGAAUGCUGCUUGAGAUGGAUAAUGUCGAAUUAUUAGGUCUUUUAUCCAAUCCUCUCGGUCUCAAAGGAAAAGUUGUAGAAGCAAUCGAAGUGCUUAAGAAGGCCUGGGAAAACGACGCCGAAAGCUUGAAAUUAAUUGAGGGCAUAGCUUAA